AUGUCAAACUUUGUUGCUCCAGAAGUCAAAAAAUUUGUGGCUUGGGACUAUGUUGUUUUUGCAGCACUAUUUUUAGUAUGUGCUAGCAUUGGAGUCUUUUUUGCAGUUAAAGAGAGGAAAAAGAAAACUUCAAAGGAAUUUUUGGUGGGUGGCAGGCAGAUGACAUGUGGACCGAUAGCUUUCUCCCUCACAACAAGUUUCAUGUCAGCAGUCACUGUUCUGGGGACACCCUCCGAAAUUUAUCGCUAUGGAGCAUCCUUUGUGCUGUUUUUCCUUUCAUAUACGCUUGUCAUCCUUUUUACUGCCGAACUUUUUCUACCCGUGUUCUACAGAUCUGGCAUUACAAGCACUUAUGAGUAUUUGGAGUUAAGAUUUAACAAGAUUGUCCGUCUUGCUGCAACACUGAUCUAUGUCGUGCAGACGGUCCUUUACACAGGAAUAGUGGUUUAUGCUCCAUCACUGGCACUCAACCAAGUCACUGGUUUUGAUCUCUGGGGCUCUGUAGUUGCAACAGGAGUUGUCUGCACUUUCUAUUGCACUCUGGGAGGAUUAAAAGCCGUUGUCUGGACAGAUGCACUUCAAAUGAUUGUCAUGGUCAUUGGCUUCUUGGCGGUUUUGAUUCAAGGAACUAUUGUGAAUGGUGGAACGACGAAGGUCUGGGAAACUGCCUAUGAAGGAUCACGACUAAACGUAUUUGAUUUUGAUGUUGACCCUUUGAGACGACAUACCUUCUGGACAAUUGUUAUUGGGGGAACAUUUACAUGGCUGGGAAUCUAUGGAGUUAACCAGUCCACAAUACAGAGAUGCAUUUCUUGCAAAUCGGAAAGGCAUGCUAAGCUGGCACUUUACCUGAAUUUAUUGGGACUUUGGAUAGUUCUGAUGUGUGCAAUGUUUUGUGGUUUGGUGAUGUACUCUCACUACAGGAGCUGUGACCCUUGGACUGCUGAUUUCAUUUCAGCACCUGAUCAGCUUAUGCCGUAUUUUGUUAUGGACAUUUUUUCUUCGAUGCCAGGAGUCCCAGGACUGUUUGUCGCCUGUGCAUUCAGCGGAACACUAAGCACAGUAGCUGCUAGCAUCAAUGCUUUAGCAACUGUUACCUUUGAAGACCUGGUCAAGAAAGGUUUCCCAAACCUCUCUGAGAAGAUGAGCACAUGGAUCAGCAAAGGCUUAUGUAUAUUUUAUGGUGUGCUCUGCACUUCGAUGGCUGCAGCAGCAUCGCUGCUGGGAGGAGUUGUGCAGGCUUCUCUCUCCAUCCACGGGAUGUGUGGGGGGCCCAUGCUGGGGAUAUUUACCCUGGGAAUUGUGUUUCCUUGGGCUAACUGGAAGGGUGCUAUUGGAGGCCUCGUAACAGGGAUCACCUUAGCUUUCUGGGUGGGCAUCGGCUCUUUCAUUUACCCUGCACCACCAGCAAAGUCCAUUCCUCUGCCACUGUUGACUCUCAACUGCACGCUGGCUAACAGCACCGACAUGCUGACGACGGCAUCUCCCACGGCAGCCCCAGACAGGCCUCUGCUGGCAGACACCUGGUACUCCCUGUCCUACCUGUACUUCAGUGCCAUUGGCUGCCUAGGCUGUGCCAUCACAGGGCUGGUGAUAAGCUUUAUAACAG